AAGGUCUGAUAUAAACUCUGUACCUUUAGAGUGGUUGUGUUUUCGGCAGCGGACGACGACGGCACGAGCUUCACCGAAGAGCGAAAAUGGUGAACAUUCCCAAGACUAAGAAGACUUACUGCAAGAACAAGGAAUGCAAGAAGCAUACCUUGCACAAGGUGACCCAGUACAAGAAGGGUAAAGACAGUCUUGCUGCCCAGGGAAAACGUCGUUAUGACCGUAAACAAUCUGGUUAUGGUGGUCAGACCAAGCCCGUCUUCCACAAGAAGGCUAAGACAACCAAGAAGAUUGUCCUGAGGCUCCAAUGCCAAACAUGCAAGCAUUUCUCUCAGCACUCGAUUAAGAGGUGCAAGCACUUCGAGAUUGGUGGAGACAAGAAGGGAAAAGGAACAUCUCUCUUUUAAGUUGUUUUUAUUUCUACUUUUCCUUUUUGUAUGGUACUGUCUUGCUUCGAUACUCAAAAUACAUUUUGAAUCUCUCGGAAAUGCUUGUGGUGUUUAAUUUAAUAGGACAUGGUCGUAUGGAAUAUCUUUUUAUUUUGUGAAAA